CUGGGCCGAGUAGCCCCCGUAAUCAAUGAGACUUCGUCAGUCGACAACUUGCUGCGCUCUGGUCGCACCUCCAGUGCACAUUGAUCUUCACUGCGCAUGAAUCUGCCGUCCGACCACUCGCCUCGCACCGACGCGGACCUGUCGUCGGCGUCUGCCUCGCCUGCUGACACCAAAUCUCCUUCCUCGUCCCCCGAUAGCCCCUCGACGGGAGGUAGAUUCCUGCCACUGCUUCGUGCUGCCAAUGCAUAUACCGGUACCGCUUCAGUUGUUGCGACACUGUCGUCAAGUCCCCAUCCAGAAGGCCCACGGGCUCAUCCUAGCUACGCCAAGUGUCCACGAAAGAAAAUGAGCAAGAUGGCGACGCGAUAUGCAGCGCUGGAUGCAAAUCCGGAGACUGAGGAAUCGACCAGGGUGCAACAUAGCAAGUUAACGCAACCGCACGAUGGACGGGAGAGUAUCUGCAGUGACCACCAUGAAGACGAAAGCACUCACUCAACGACAGAAGAGGAGGUGCGCGUUGUGAAACGUAGAAAGCGUGGAUACCGCAAGGCCACGCAUGCAAUCCGAAAGGAGGAGAUCGAACGACUUCGGGUUGAAUUAGCGGAGCUGCAGGAUCAGAUGGCUGAGCUGCAGCGAAGGGCAUUCGCACCAAGUCGUGACGACCAGAAAGCGGAGGAGAGACAGCUUUAUACCAACGUACUGCAUAACGCGGUGAAGCAACACCAAGAGGCUUUUGUAGAGAUCCAGUCGGCGAUGACCGGCUACGCAGCUUGUAAUAUUCAAGCCGGAAGUCCAAUUCAGAGAACGAUCAUCUUAGGCAAAGACGAAGCAUCCAGACGACACACACUACACGCAAUGAAAGCGCUGAAGCUCCAAGACGCACGUGACUUCCUUAGCAGGAGACUCUCCCAUUUAAACCCCUUGAAAUCGAUGUCAGAAGACUAUCGAUUCGAGAACGACAACGGGGACUACUGGGCUGUACGCUUCGCUACUUCUCAAUUCGAGCGUGCACAAAACGUCAAGCAAGUGUUUGAUCUGGUGGUGUAUUAUUUGUGCAACAUCGAGAUCAGUGUAUCGGAGAAAAUCGGUCACCUCACAGUCCGCGAAGACGACGAUAGUGGGGAAGGAGGGAUCACGCAGAACCGUCUAACGUCCAUGACUGGCAAAGGUCUGCACAUGGAGUCCAACACCGUAGUCUUCUCCGAGUAUUUCAGUGCAGGACCAGAGGAUCACGAUGGCUACGGACUUAUCGUGGCUGAGUUUGUGGAUGAAGACGAACGACAUCCCUAUAGACCGAAAGAGCGUAUCCGUAAGGACGUCAAUACCGUCAUGGAAGUGCGAUCGUACACUUGUGAGAAUGAGAAAGUAGUGGUGCUCACUCGAUGGUCGCAUUCUCGUCUACGUUAUCCGAAUUUCCACGUCCGCAAGGAUGGAUGGUAUGAGCUACGAGAGAAUAUGGACCGCUGGAGCCAGAAUAUGCACGAAACCAUCAUGGAGAGCCUGGAUCCAAGCACUGGUUGCUCACCAACGUGGCGACUCUAAAACUUAGCACCAUUCAUACUCUAAAACUUAGCGUAAUAAAAUAUUUUAAAACCCAAUUUCGAUGGUCGCAUAGGUUGGGUUAAUUGAUAAG